GAAUAACGGAAGUGAGUCCGUCGUUGUCAGCAGCUUCUGCUCUAUGUUCAGUUUCUCCAUAUAGCUCCCAUCUAGAGGGAGUUAGUUUGGCCAAUUAAUGUGUCUAAAUGUAAGUUCGUCGCUAUUUUAACAGCAUUUUCUUCUUUUUUCUGGCAGCAGCUAAGCUAAUGUUAGCUUAGCAUACUGAGCGACAGGACGGGACGUUGUUAGAGCUUUGACGCUUUGACGGUGAUCAGGUUGUGUUCAUGAUGGAGUUUAUGGAGAAGAAGUUCCUCUGAUUGUGUGAAGAUAUCUGAGCUCCAAAGGAUGAUGAAGUCAGACACCGAGCAACCAGAACCAGCAGAGGAAGAACCGACUGGAACAAAAUCUGGAGAAUCUCCCCGACUUUCUGGCAUCCACCAGGUCAAACAGGAAGUAGUUGCUGAGGAGGAGAAGUGGAGUCUCAAACCAGACCAGGAGGAGCAGAAACCUCCACAGAUUAAAGAGGAACAGGAGGAAAAUGAGAUUACAGAGUUAACUUUCAGUCCUGUCCAUGUGAAGAAUGAAGAUGAUGAAGAGAAACCCCAGCCCUCAGAGCUUCAUCACUGCAAGACCGAAGAGGACAGAGCUUGUGUUGGACCAGAACCGGAUCAGUGUGUAGAAUCAGACAAUGAAGAUGACACUUCAGAUUCCGCAGAAACCGAUGUCAGUGAUGGAAACUGGGAGGAAAGCAGCGAUUUAUCAGAUACAAACUCUGUUAGAAGUAAUAAAGAUUCAGCGGAUGGUAAGUCAGGAAAUGGUGAAUUACACACCUGCGCAGAAUGUGGCGAAAAGUUCAGCCUUCAGAUUUAUUUACUAAGACACCAGAGAAUCCACACAGGAGAAAAACCUUUUAGCUGCUCCUCUUGCCGGCAGGCUUUUAUAUGGAAAUACGCCUUAAUGAAACAUGUGGAAACUCACAGUGACGACAAACCUUUCAGCUGCUCCAUCUGUGGCCAGAACUUCAGGAGGAAGGGAUGGUUAACUCAGCACAUGAGGAGACACACUGGAAGAAAACCUUACAGCUGCUCCAUCUGCGGCUGUGGUUUUCUGUGCAAGCGUGAAUUAGCUGAGCACAUAAAGACUCAUAGUGGAGAGAAACCUUUCAGCUGCUCUGUCUGCAAGGCGCCUUUUUCAAGCGAGAAAACGCUGGUGCAGCACUCAAAAAUCCACAGCGGACAGAAACCACACAGCUGCCCUUACUGUCCGACAACUGUUAGAAGAAAAGACAGUUUGAAGCGACACUUAAGAACCCACAGCGGAGAGAAACCGUUCAGCUGCUCUGUCUGCAACAAAAACUUCAGCGUCAAGGAGAGCCUGAAUCGACACAUGAGGCGUCACACAGGAGAAAAACCUUACACAUGUUCUGUCUGUGAGGCCCGCUUUCAGCUAAAGCAAACUUUAGUGGAGCACAUAAGAAUUCACACAGGGGAGAAACCGUUCAGCUGUUCUGUCUGUCAGGAAGCCUUCAGGAGAAAACAAGAUUUUGUGAACCACACAAAAAUUCACAGCAAGUCUACCUGCGAGGUGUGCGGCCAAAGCUUCGACAAAGCUGUUCGCUUGGCUCGGCACAUGAGAUUUCAUGACAGUGAGAGAACUUUCAGCUGCUCCGUCUGCGCGGUGGCUUUCAUCAGGAAGAACGCCUUGAUCCAGCACAUGAGAACCCACUCAGAGGAGAGACCGUUCAGCUGCUCCGUGUGCAAGGCCACCUUCAAAAGGAAGGACGGCUUGAAGCUGCACAUGAGGGUUCACACCAGAGAGAAACCGUACAGCUGCAAGGGCUGCAACAAGAAGUUCACCCAGCUGUCCUGGUCCAAAACACAUCAGAAACGAUGUUUAAGCUUACGCAGCAAACUGAGCUGAUGUUGGUGUUCAAACUGCAGAUUAAUCAAGGUUCAUCAACAUUUCUCAUCAUGGCCUCUAACAGAAAGCUUCUGCAGUAUGGAGGAGUAGUAGGGCCAUGCUAAGAUAUUUUUUAAUUACAAGAAUAAAUUUGAAAUAACAAAAGAAC